CAGGUGAAUGGGAACAAAUUACGCCCUGCUAAAACGGAGCACAUUAAAGGAGCUGCUGGAAGCAAGAGGAGCAACAAGGCAAAGGCUGUCUUAAUUAAAGAGCUCAUGGAAGGAGACAGAGCCGCAGCUGCUGCAGCACCUCAAAUGGAGGGAGAAACCCACGAAUUUACAGCUGAAUUCCGAGCACGAAUGGCUUUAUUCCCUGAACCCCCAUCUGCAGAGAUGGUUAACAGGCUGUUCGGAGAUGUACAGGAGUACAUUAUGGCUAGGAGACCGCAAGGGAACCAGCAAGCCGGGGAAAGAGCCGCAAC